CUUUUCUAGAAUAGACAUGAGACUAUGAGAGAGCAACUGAUGUCCAGUUAGAAGUCCAUCACAAAAGUUGGCCGGGAAAGAAACACAAGGCCACCACCCACCACUGGCUGCUACCUCAGAUCCGCCGUGGAAUCGGGGUGAUGUCAACGGCAACGGCAAAAACGAAAUGGCUGAAUCGAAUGGCUUCAGAUCCAUACUAUCUUCUCCACUUCAUCGCAUUCUUCUCAUACAUCCCUAUGCGCUGCGCCGCUUCCCAUUUUCUCAUUCCUUCGCGCAACGCUCUCCUUGUCAAACGCGAAAUUCAAGCACUUGUUGCUUUUAGUGCGAUAUCUGUUGUGAAGACAGUGAGGGCGGAAACAUGGCAGACAGUCAUCUCAGAUACUCUAUUUUUUGCCAAGAUUUUCCUCAACGCACUUGCUUUAGUAAUGGAUUAUCACUUGGCACUCUGGUACACAUUGGUUUUUUUAGUCAUACAUAUUCUAACACAACAGCCUCCCUAUGAAGGCCUAGGCAAUUCAAUUCAAUUAACCCCAUUGCAACUGGAGGCUUUGCUUACUGAAGGGAACACUUCAAGAUUUUGGUUGGUAGAGUUUCGUGCAUUGUCAACAUCGACUUGUAUAUGCACCAGUUCGUUUUUCCCCGAACUCUCAAUCACAUACUCAAACAAAAAAUUGUCCUUUGGAGUAGUUGAUCUUGGUCUCUUCCCAAAUGCUGCAGAAAAGUUCGAAAUUUCUUUGGCAAGUUUAAACCAACUUCCACUCUAUAUACUAUUUGAGAAUGGAGCCGAGGUCACACGUUUUCCUGAGUUGGAUUUUCAGGGAACAGUUUUCAGCUCUUCUAUAACAAAGAAACUUCUAUGCGAGCACUUUGAACUUGAUAAGCGGCUUCUAGAUUACAUCGUUGGAAAAUAGGGCUAAAAGAGCACACGCACGCGAUAUACUCCAUUGAGAACAGAGACUGGUCCGAGUCAUUCUUAACUGGAACUGUUUUGAUUGAGCCUCACAGUUGUAAAGUAUAUCUUUCACUGAUUAACAAAAGAUUAGUAAAUCUCCAUUGUAUUCGCUUUAUGUAAUGACCUCUUGAACCUUACUGAUUUGUGUAGUCUCAAAGUGACUAGUGAAACUUCAUUUUUAUCCUCUUUUAAGCUAUUUUCAUUGUAAUAAAAGG